GAAACCAACUCCCGACACCAUCGCUACUCUCGUCCAGCCUUCUCUCUCUCCCCCGAUGGAUCUCCGCCGGAGGCCUCCCCGGCCUUCCUCAUCCCCCAAAGCCUCCGAUGCUCUGCCAUUACCGCUCUAUCUCACCAACGGCAUCUUCUUCACGCUUUUCUUCUCCGUCGCCUACUUCCUCCUCCACCGCUGGCGCGACAAGAUCCGCAAUUCCACGCCGCUCCACGUACUCUCGCUCUCCGAGCUCUUCGGAGUUCUCUGCCUAAUCGCCUCAUUCAUCUACCUGCUAGGGUUUUUCGGGAUCGAUUUCGUGCAGUCCUUCAUCUCCAAGCCGGAGAGCGACGAGGACCUUAUCCUCCACGAAGAUCGGAAGAUCCACUGCGGAUUGAAGGCCAAGCCGGUGGAGGAGCUUCCGCAGGGCGAUGAGGAAAUCGUCGAGCGCGUCGUUUCCGGGGAAAUCCCGUCGUAUUCGCUGGAAUCGAAGCUAGGGGACUGCCUUAGGGCGGCGAGGAUACGGCGCGAGGCAGUGCAGAGGCUGGCGGGGAGAGGCGUGGAAGGCCUGCCUUUGGAGGGGUUUGAUUACGAGUCAAUUUUGGGGCAGUGCUGCGAGAUGCCCGUGGGGUAUGUGCAGAUUCCCGUGGGGAUUGCGGGGCCGCUGCUGCUCAAUGGAUGUGACUACUCUGUGCCCAUGGCCACCACGGAAGGCUGCCUCGUUGCCAGCACCAACAGGGGCUGCAAGGCAAUCUAUGCCUCCGGAGGUGCAACCUGCGUCCUGCUGCGAGACGCCAUGACAAGAGCUCCGGUUGUCAGGUUUUCCUCCGCCAAGAGGGCUACAGACCUCAAGUUCUUCCUUGAAGACCCUCUCAAUUUUGAUACGCUGUCGGUCGUUUUCAAUAAGUCGAGUAGAUUUGCUAGACUCCAAAAUAUUCAAUGUGCAAUUGCUGGGAAGAAUCUAUACAUAAGAUUCAGUUGCAGUACGGGCGAUGCUAUGGGAAUGAACAUGGUUUCGAAAGGUGUUCAAAAUGUUUUGGACUUCCUUCAGAAUGAUUUCCCAGAUAUGGAUGUCAUUGGCAUUUCAGGAAAUUACUGUUCUGACAAAAAACCAUCUGCGGUGAAUUGGAUCGAAGGGCGUGGAAAAUCAGUUGUUUGUGAGGCUGUGAUCACCGGUGAUGUGGUGUCAAAGGUACUGAAAACAACUGUACCCUCCCUCGUGGAGCUUAACAUGCUCAAGAACCUUACUGGCUCUGCUAUUGCUGGCGCUCUUGGUGGCUUCAAUGCACAUGCUGCAAACAUCGUCUCUGCAAUAUUUAUCGCCACUGGGCAGGAUCCAGCUCAAAACAUUGAAAGUUCCCACUGCAUUACUAUGAUGGAGGCUAUUAAUGAUGGCAGGGAUCUUCAUAUUUCAGUGACAAUGCCAUCCAUUGAGGUGGGAACUGUCGGGGGAGGAACUCAACUUGCAUCACAAUCUGCUUGCCUAAACCUGCUUGGUGUAAAGGGCGCAAACAAAGAGUCUCCUGGAUCCAAUGCUCGGCUCCUGGCCACCAUUGUCGCUGGUGCUGUCUUGGCAGGAGAGCUCUCACUAAUGUCUGCAAUUUCAGCUGGUCAGCUUGUUAAGAGCCACAUGAAAUACAAUCGAUCAAGCAGGGACAUCACGAAGAUUGGCUCCUGAAAGUGGCUGGUGUCAACAAAGUGGAAAUGCAGGCCAGAGGGGUGGACAGAGGUUACAGUCAUGAUGGGCCAGGAGAGGCUGGAACUCACGUGCGUGCAACUUUAUGGAAUGGGACUCGACUUGCCAGCUCUUGCCGGGCAAGUCUUGUGAAUGAUCUGGAGUUCUCCUCCAAGUGUUUGUAUUGCUCUUAUUUUCUUUUCUCCUCAUUCCCGCCCCUCCCCUGUCUUCAUGUUUUUUCUUAGUGAAUCGAAGUUUCGCUGUUGGCUGUAAUGGAGGCCGGUUUGCCUCACCAAGAUCGGUUUAUAUGUUUGUAAUGCAAUCUUCUUGUUUUGCUUU